AUGGCUACCGCAAGCGUCCUUGGCUCCAUGCCUAAUGUCGCCGACACCGUCCUCGCUGAUCUCAAGGGCUUACUCGAGAAGUACAUUGUCCAAGAGAAGUUCGGUUACCACCUAGUCCACGGGCACUUGCAGGUGACCCUGGGUCGAGUGAUGCUCGGGCAGCCCAUGACAAAGCUCGAUGCGUGCUGGAACCGCCCAACUAGCGUCAAGGAAGCGGCUCUCGGGAACGUACAUGGUCACAUUUUCGUGCUGGGUGCUGACGGCCACUACCUUGUGCAGAAGAACCUGGCGAGCCUCAUCGGCAUCCAGCUCCUGGGCGGAGACAGCACUCCUAAGGACAUGCAGGAGUUCGUCCUGUCGGACAACCACGGUAUUACCGUCAUGAUGGAUGCCAACAUGACCAACGCCAAUAAGACUUACCGGGUUACGGGCUGGACCUUUGUGCGAAACGUGAACGGCACCACCGAGCUCAAGGGCAACGAAUCCCAUGCUGAGACGGUGAAAGGAUCCCAUAAGGUCUUCGUUGGCGGCAAGGGCCUCCCAGAUGUUGGGGGCGGCGUUGACGCGGAGGUCGAUAUUGAUGAGGAGGUCGUCAUCGACGCGCUGCGCAGGGAGGAAGUCAUCAACUAAGGCCGGAGUC